CCGUCUUCUCUGUCAGAACUAGGAGCGUUGAUGGUAGCUCUUCUUGUGCACUAACUUACAAGCUUGUGGGGUUUGGUCAAGGAAGGUAAAGCCAUACUGUUAUUAUGAUCUGACAAUCACCUUCUGUGCGAACUAUAGAUGCUAAUUAUGGCAUUCAUGGGAAAAACUUUAUCUAUGCUUUCCCUAUUUUCUCCUUGUACGCGCUGAUGCCUCAUGAGGCGAUUCUGCAUUAGGAUGUAAGAGUUCACCGUUGUACCAUAUUCUCAUACUCGUUUUCAGCAUGUGGAAUUAUUUGUACCAAGUACGGCAUGCUACCGUCGUCAACAUUCAAUUCCUCUUAAGGUUCACCCUAUAUUUAUGCUAAUUAAUCUGUUUUGUUUCUUUGUUAGAUACUCUGUGAUUUUGUUCCAGUGACUUGUGGCUCUGAUGGAGAUAUCUCUGUUAAAAGUGCUUCUCAAUAAUAUCUCCUCCUUUUCUCAUCUAUCAUCAUUUGAGAAUGUAAUCUCUGGUCUGGUCCAGAAGUAUUUUCAGAAGACAGAAGAGAUACUGAAGCUUCUAAAGCCCAUACUUGAUUCUGUUGUUGAUUGUGAAAUAGCUUCCAAUGAGAUGCUUAAUAAAGCCUUUGCAGAGCUGAGUCAAUCUAUCGAUGAACUCAGGGAGCUCUUCGUAAACUGGCAGCCAUUAUCAAGCAAAGUAUUUCUGGUUCUUCAAACUGAACCAUUGUUGUCAAAGAUCCGAAGUUUGGGCCUGGAAAUAUUUCAGUUCUUGAAAUCUGCCAAUGAACAUCUUCCUGAAGAAUUGAGUUCGUCGUCUCUUGAGUAUUGCAUACAAAAAUUGAAGCAAAUGGGAGUGGAAAAUACGUCAUCUACCGUUAAGGAGGGCUUAAAGGAUCAAGAGGAAGGUGCUGGAACAACUGGCUCUGAUAUCUUAGUCAGAAUUGCUGAGAGUCUCAGCUUAAGAACCAAUCAGGAGAUUCUUAUCGAAGCAGUGGCACUUGAAAAAUUGAAAGAGACUGCUGACCAGGCUGAAAAGAACGGGGAAGUUGAGUUUUUCGAUCAACUCAUUGCUCUUGUAACCAGGAUGCACGAUCGGCUUCUCCUCAUCAAACAGUCCGAAACCAGCAGCCCAGUCCCUAUACCACCUGAUUUCUGCUGCCCUCUCUCACUUGAAUUGAUGACUGAUCCAGUUAUUGUGGCAUCAGGGCAGACCUAUGAACGGGCGUUUAUCAAAAACUGGAUUGAACUUGGACUCACUGUGUGCCCCAAGACACGGCAUACUCUGGCUCACACUAAUCUCAUACCUAAUUACACCGUGAAGGCCUUGAUUGCAAAUUGGUGUGAAUUGAACAAUGUUAAGCUGCCAGUUCCUGUGAAGUCUGUGCAUCCCUCAUCAGCAGAACCACCUCGUUCUCUGAGCUCGCCUGGCCCAAUUUUGGUGUCGUCUAGUGGAUUUCAUAGAGAUGGAAGUUCUCUGUUACAUCCACGUUCAACUUCCGAGAGUUCUUUAUCAGGCAUAGUCGCAAAUGGCCAGGAUCUAGAUAUUGCUCGUAUAUCACUGACCGGUUCUGAAGAAAGGUUUGCUAACUCAGAGGAAAGGAUCAUAGAUUCUAUUGCAUCACCAUCUAGAAUGGAGGAAGUUUCAGAUUCUGUUGUUGCAGCUGACGACUCCCCCCUUUCAAGGAGGAGCCAUGGUAGAAGUGCCUCUGCUGCAAAUGCAACUUCUCCUAGAAGAUCAUCUGGAGAUGAUGCUAGUGAGUCUUUGGAGGUGCCCAAUCAUCUUAUUGCUUCAUACAAUAGCGACACAUCUGGGGAAGUAAAAUCUGAAAUGCCACGGGUGGUUUCUUCUGCUGCUGCAUCAAACAGCUCUCUUCACAGGGAACCAGAAUUCUCGCCUCGUUUUGUUGAGACUCGAUCUCGAAGUCAACCAUUUUGGCGCCGCCCGUCUGAUAGGCUUCUCCCCCGGAUAGUUUCUUCUCCUACGACUGAAACAAGAGCUGAUCUCUCUGGCCUCGAAACCCAAGUCAAAAAGUUGGUUGAAGAUUUGAAUAGUGAUUCUAUUGAUACGCAGAGAGAAGCAACAGGUCAGCUCAGAUUACUUGCGAAACACAAUAUGGAUAACCGGAUUGUGAUCUCCAACUGUGGGGCCAUUACCUUGUUGGUCAACUUGCUCCGGUCAACUGACUUGAAGAUUCAGGAAAAUGCUGUCACAGCGCUUUUAAACUUGUCGAUCAACGAUAACAAUAAAACUGCGAUUGCUAAUGCUGAAGCCAUUGAGCCUUUGAUAUAUGUUCUUGAAACUGGAAGCCAUGAAGCUAAAGAGAACUCAGCUGCUACACUCUUCAGCCUGUCAGUGAUAGAGGAAAACAAGGUCAGGAUUGGAAGGUCUGGAGCAAUUGGACCACUGGUGGAUUUGUUGGGGAAUGGUACUCCGAGAGGGAAGAAGGACGCCGCAACAGCAUUGUUUAAUUUAUCAAUAUUUCAUGAGAACAAGGCUCGGAUUGUUGCAGCUGGUGCCGUAAAGCAUCUGGUGGAGUUGAUGGACCCAGCAGCUGGAAUGGUGGACAAAGCAGUCGCUGUUUUGGCGAACCUUGCAACGAUCCCCGAGGGGAGAAAUGCCAUUGGUCAGCAAGGAGGGAUCCCUGUUUUGGUGGAAGUUGUUGAGUUGGGUUCUGCCAGAGGGAAAGAGAACGCAGCUGCUGCUCUUUUGCAGCUUUGCACGAACAGUAACAGGUUCUGCAACAAUGUGCUCCAAGAAGGUGCUGUGCCGCCAUUAGUGGCGUUGUCACAGAAUGGCACUCCCAGAGCUAAAGAGAAGGCGCAGUCACUCCUUAGCCACUUCAGGAACCAACGGCAUGGAAACCCGGGCAGGAACUGAUAUGUUGAGUACAAAGAGACUAAAGGUGCCAUUGGUCAUUGCUGAGGUUUUUAUUCUGGAAAAAAAAACCAUAUACAUAGUGUGUGUACAUUUGUUGUCAUGAAGGUGCAAAUAACGCAUAUUAAGAUUGAGGAUCAUCUACGUGAUUUUGAUUAGUUGUUUGUAGAGAGUAAACAAAAUGGAUAUAUGAGAGGACAUGAUUAUGUCGUUUUUAGUGAAAGUGAAGUCGUUUCAUGUCAAUUUGGGAAAUGAUUAUAUAUCUCUGCAUUCUUGUUUAGCCAUUCGCAGAAGGAUAUAUUUGGCUGGGGCUGACUAACGAAAGCUAGCUUUUAUCCUAGGAUUAAAAACCCGAACCAUGCCAGCGGUUCAACCGCUACAAACUGGUAAUGAUCAACAGAAGCAAAAAAAAAAAAAAAAAAAAAAAAAAAUCGCUCUCCAACGUCAA